CAACAACAUCAACCAUUUCAAAGGCAACUUUUCGAAAAGAGCUGUGUUUCCUUCGCGGCCCCCCUUUUUGGGGCACAACUGUCAACCCCAGAUUGAAUCAUGUCAGAAACACCGUUCUCUAUCGCUGAGCCCUCCGGAAAAUACCCCCCCUUCGCCGUGGUGACGGAAAGCGAUCACUCGGCAUGGAUCCUCAUCGCGACACCAUUGUGCCUAUCGUGCAUUUUACUCUUCAGCCUGAUCAACCUCUCCAUUCGGCAAACAAAUAGUGUAAGAGCUGGCUUGGACGAAGCCUGUCUCGCCUCAGCAACAGUACUCGCAUGUAUUCAAUCUUCCGUCGUCUUAGGCGCAUGUGCCAAAGGCCUGGGCAAAUCGAUCGAGCUCUUAUCGGACAGAAGUCUGAUCCAGGUGCAGCAGAUGUACUAUGUCAGCAACCUGCUCUUCGUAGUCUCUCUCGGCUUGUCCAAGAUUUCAGUUGCCUUCCUGCUCUUGCGCUUGACUCCGCAAAAGGGACACAUGCGUAUUUUGUAUGGGAUCAUUACUUUAAUGGCUGUGUGGACGGUGGCAUCAACAUUUACCGUCGCUCUGCAAUGCAAUCUGUCGCGCCCUUGGAUCUUGAUACAAGAAAGUUGCCCUGGAGUUUUUCUGCGACUGAAGCUCAUUUCCGGCUUCGACAUUGCCUUUGAACUCUCCCUGGUUGGCGUGACCAUCAAUCUCGUCUCGGCCCUCCAGGCCGCCCUCGACAUAAAGUGGACGGUGAUCUUUACUUUCAGCAUGCGUCUUCCCUUAAUUAUCGCCAUCGGUUUCCGCCUCGCAACCUUCAAUGUUGCCGGCCUGACUACCAAUCCGACCAUCCUUCAAGCCGAAUAUAUCACCUGGACACAAACAGAGCUUGCGUACUCCAUCAUUGCAGCAACGAUCCCUCGCCUCCGCCCCUUCAUCAAGAAGCUCGCUACCAACUAUGGAGCAAGCCCAGCAAAUGGCUACGGGGCUGGACAUGCCAACGAGACAGGCGGUGAUCAGCAGUCUGGCUCCUUUCAGAUGUUGACCUUAAGGCCCAAGGGCAAGGGCGAUGAGUAUAAUUACCGUAUAUGGUCGGGUGGAGUGCCGAGGAGAAAUAAUGGGGCGAGUGUUGACAGCCAGCGCAUGAUUAUCAAGAAGGAUCUUGUAUGGGAAGUUGACCCUGACCCGAACAGAAGGAUAUGUGUAUAGCAUGUAUAAAAGAAAUAGUUUUGGAUUCCAAUCGUGAUAUAGAGAUAGACAAGACCUGAAUAAGACAGAC